ACUCGCUCGGACUCAGAUCUCACUCUCAGGCACGCCACCGUGAUCACCCACGCGCCCCACCGCCUAGACUUAGACUAAGGCAGCAGCGAUGGCGCGCAACCUGAGCUUGAGCGUGAACACCAUGUCGUCGCCCGCACCCGCGCCCGCCCCGGACAGCCCGCGCGAGUCCGAGUCGCCGCCGCCGCAGGGCGUGCAGGGCGACCUCGAGCUGGAGCUGAUGGGGCUCGCGAACGCGCUGUAUCACCUCGGGACGACCGUUGUGGGCGAUCUGACGAAGGAGAAGGAUAAGCCGGGAGGCGCGGGGAAGCAGGUCGGGGCGAGAGUGAACGACGUGAUUAGCCACCUGGCGACGCUGGACGACAUGGCGCAGACCAUCGACACGAUGGUUCCCAUGCAAGUUCUCGUGGACAUCGACCAGUCGCGGAACCCGAUGCUGCUCACGAAGGAACGCCUGGAGCGGGCUGCGACGGAGAACCAGUUCAUGAACGGGAAGAUACACGCGAUUGACUCGUACAAGAAGUAUCUGGACGAGGCGCUGAUCCAGAACUUCCCGGAGCUCGAGGAGUAUCUCAUGGAUUCGUCCAUGGAUCUCACGAUGCCGAUCAAGAUGGAAGAGGACGCCGCAGGCCCUGGCGCGGGCAUGUCCAAUGGUGUAUAGACGGAUUAGCAGGGAACACUGGCGACACACACGACACGUUCCUGUAGCAACGGACAAGCGGUUCGCAGCUGCCAAAGACCACUUUGCCGCGCUCUGCGGCGGCCUUGCUCGCGUACUUGGCGUCAACCACCGUACGGCACUGCGACCGGGCCUCAUUCACAUCUGGGCGGGAGCGGUUGGCCGUGGUGGGACACGCGCACGGCGUCCUAAGAUAGGGCGAGCGACUGGACUCUGGACGGAGGGAGUGCGGGGCCAAGGCCAAGGCAGAUGACAUCUCACGCUGGCUGAGUGCUUCUGGGCGUACGGAGAUAGACUGGGAGAGGACUCGCGGAAGGUUCGGCGAGGAUCAGCUGUGUGCAGGCCAUAUGUUUUUGUAGAUCGUUCUAGCGCGCGUGUAGAAUGAAGCUCGGCGAGAACAAGUGUUAAUU